AUGAGCAGUGAAUUGAGAGCGGAAUGUGCCAACAUGAGUAGCCAAGCGGAGACUCGGGUCCGCCGACCCAAGAAUGCAUUUGUGGUCUGGGCCAUGAACGAGAGAAAGCGGCUGGCACAGCAGAACCCAGGCCUUCCGAAAGGAGAGCUGAGCAAAAUACUAGGUAAGAAACGGCAACUUUACUCCUUCUGUCUGACCAUUUUAUUAAAUGACAAACUCUUAUAUUUUAGAAUUACUGAGACAUUUUUUUUUAUUUUUAUUCCGGAAAAUAUUUCGUGUAAGUUUGAUUUUUAUUGAGUUUUUUUAAAAAUAUUUUUUGUUCAUGUUUUAUCUUUAUUAAAUUGGAUUCUUAACUAUUAGUAAAUAUGAUACUUUAAUAAUGCAUGAAAUGUAUAGUAUAUUGUUUCCCGGGAUGACAUUUAAUUCUCCUGCUGAUCUUAAUAAUUUGAACAUUUAUCAGCGUUCUUACUGAGAAUGUUCAGUGUAACAAUGUAUCUAACAGGGACACUGGGAUGCAUUGUAUCCACCAGACUUGGUUAUGGAUUUUAAACAUUUGUUACAAACAGUUUUCCACGAUCUCCCAUGGCUGAAAUCCUAAUUGUUCAUGUUUUUCUUGUCUCCUCUGUAGGGAAAGCAUGGACGGCUUUAACAAGAACUGAAAAAAGGCCUUUUUUUGUGGAGGCGGAGAGACUGAAAGAGCAGCACACCCAGGACCACACAAAAAAGCCUAAAAAACGUAAACUGGAUCAAAAGAAGAAGAGAUCGGGAAAUGGAUUUAUUGGCAUAAAGGAACAGUCAGAGCAGACUAGUACUGAUGGGAGGAUGUGUUUGGACAGUUUCAGUAUGGGCUAUAACCAAGACCAGUCCUAUUGCCACUCUCAGCUUCCACAGAGCACCAGUCACUGUAGAGACCACCACUACGACUACAGCUUGCCCACACCGGAAGCGUCACCAGUGAAUUUGGCUGAAGCUGACUCUUUGUAUUUUGCAUCUUUUGCCCAAGAAGUGGUGCCCUAUUCAUACAAUACCACCAAUUCCCACCAGCAGAGUCCAUGCAUCUCAUUAACUGUCAACCAAUUGUCCCAGGCUGAAGAGAUGGGCCAAGGUAGCCCAAUGAACAAUAUGAUUUGGUCCCAACAGCCUCCACAAAUGAAUUUUGAACAAUCAUUUAUAUCCUGCAGGCAUGAGAUGGUACUGCCAGGGUAUCUCUCCGCACCCACCGAGUCCAUACCCAGAGUGGCACCUUCCAUGUGGCAUCAUAACCAAUAUCAGACUGUGUCCCAUACAGAGAAUGCUUUAAUGAGUUCAGUUCUGCCUGAUACUAGCCCUGCAACGUUCUGUGCCACCUAUUCCAACGAGCAGAGUUCUUGCUCCUUCAACCAAUUGUCCCAGGCUGAACAGGUGGGCCAAGGUAGCCCAAUGAACAAUAUGAUUGGGUGCCAACAGCCUCCACCAAUGUAUUAUGAACAAUCGUUUGUAUCCAGCAGGCAUGAGAUGGUUCUACCAGGGUAUCUCUCCCCACCCCCCGAGUCCAUACCCAGAGAGGAACCUUCCAUGCAGCAUGUUAAUACAUUGGGUCGUGUUUACAAAGCAGAGUUCAAUCAGUACCUGGGCUGUGUAACUAUGGCAGAAGGAGGGAUGUAUCAUCAAGGCCAAGACCAGACUGUGUCCCAUAAAGAGAAUGCAUUAAUGAGUUCAGUACUGUCUGAUGCUAGCACUGCAAUGUAUUAUUGUAAUAACUAUUCCAAUGCAUGA